CAGGGGAAAAGUAUGGUGUGCUAGAGCAGGACCGAACAAAUCAGUCAGGAAAAAGUAGUAUGCAACCUGCACCAACUCUAUGAACUCUUGUGGAAAUUGGAUGGAUAUAUUUUGGAAGGCAUGGAUUUUUUAGCAUUUUUUGCUGUCUGCGUCUCACAACUCAUCAAUCUAGGUGGAGUGGAAGCCUUAAGAGACUUGAUUUUAGUGAAUUCACGUCCAUUAAUUCCAAAUUCUGAAACUUCAAUGACUUGUAUUGCCCCUCAAUGGAGUUCUCCAGAGACCAUUGCCAUUGCAAGAGACUUUGAAGCUGCUGUAAACAAACUCCAGGAUCCUCUGGAAGUUAUUCAAGAUGAACAAAGGAGAUCAGUGAAGAAAAUCAUUUGGAAAAAAGAAAGGAAUAAUGAAGCCAUUGGAGCCUAUUACUGUGAGUGGAAAUCGCAAGAUACAGUGACAAAGAUACGGACUUUAAAAAUGUCAGCACAAGCUUCUUUUAAUCCAACCUCAUUGACUGUCACUGCAAGUAGAGGAGACAAUGUCACACUAAGUUUUCAGAAGAAGAUUCCAAAGGAUGAAGAUGCUGUAUUCUACAAGAACAAUUCCUUCCUCCACUCUGUACCAAAGCAUGAAGUGCCGUCUCUGUUGGAAUACUCUAUAAUGAAUGUUCAGCCUAGUGAUGCAAGUACCUACGUAGUACGCUACAUUGGAGGCAAUCACUUUAACAUGGCAUUGACGCGAUUAAUUGUCAGACGAUGUGGUGCUCAGAAGUGGGGACCACAGUGUAACAAAACCUGUCCUGAAUGUCAGAAUAGUGGUGUUUGCCAUGAAGACACAGGGGAAUGUAUCUGCCCUCCAGGCUUCAUGGGAACAACAUGUAAAAUGGCAUGUGGUGAACACCGAUUUGGAAGAACCUGCAAGGAGUCCUGUGGAGAAAAAGAAACCUGCAAAUCACAAAUGUUUUGCCUUAUAGAUCCAUAUGGCUGCUCUUGUGCCUCAGGCUGGACCGGACUGAUGUGUGAUGACGCUUGUCAACCAGAUUUCUAUGGACCUGACUGCAAGUUGAAGUGUCAAUGCACCAGAGGAAUGUGUGACAGGUUUAAAGGGUGUAUUUGUCCCCAAGGGUGGCAUGGGCUGCACUGUGAAUACGAAGGUAACCCACACAUCCCACCACAGAUACAAGAGAUGGAAACAACAUUAGAACUGAACUCGGGAACUGAUUUUAAGCCAACCUGUAGUGUCAGCGGCUUUCCUAAACCUUCUGCUCAAGAGUUUCUUCUUUUUAAAGAAGAUGGCACCACGUUUCAGGCUGUGUCAACCACUGAAAUCGAUCAGCACACCAUUGCCCAGUUUUCAGUCGGAAAGAUUGUACCUAGGUUUUCAGGUUGGUGGAUUUACAGUGUGAAGACUGAAGCAGGAACAGAUGAGCAGCAUGUGCACAUCUAUGUGAAAGUUGCCCCAUAUCCUAAAUAUGGUCCAAUGUUAAAUAAAAGUGGACCCAACUAUCUUCACAUACAUGUUAACGCUGACUCUUAUGGAGGGGAUGGUCCUAUUGUAACUACAACUGUAUUGUAUAAACCUUCAAAGAAAUCAACUGGAUGGGUCACCUUAAGUGUACCUGUGAAUUAUAAAAUUGUGAAACUUGAAAACCUGGAGCCAAGGACCGAAUACAAGGUUUGUGUUCAGUUGGGAAGGAAAGGAGAAGGAGGAGUGGGACAUCCAGGUCCAGAAAGUAUCUUCACCACAGAAGCAUUUGGCCUUCCUCCCCCAAAAGUGAUCAACCUGACACCGAGCAGUCAAACAUCUCUAAACCUGACUUGGUUACCAAAUGAGGAAGAUUCAGGAGAAGAACAUAUGUAUGAAGCAGAAUGCUACAGUCCAAACGCCAUUGACACCGCAAUUUACAAAACAACUCCUGGAAAUGGCACUGGAAUUAUAAUAGAUAACCUCAAACCAAAGACAUUAUACCAGUGCAAAGUAAGAGUGAACACCAAGUCACAGGGAGAAUGGAGUGAGCCAAUUUUUGCAUGGACAUACAGUGACCAAGUUCCACCACCACCGACACAAAUCAAAGUGCUUAACGUCACGGAUUCCUCAGUAAUUGUCACCUGGGCAGUUGAGGAGGGACACUCGAUUUCUACUGUUAUUAUCCGUUAUAAGAUAUUUGGGGACACAGAGUAUAAUCAUGACAUAAAGAUCAGAAAUAUUACAAUCACUCAGUAUCAGCUCAAAGGACUUGAAGCCAACUCUCCAUAUCUGAUUGAGUUAUGCACUGAGAACAAUAUAGGACAAAGCCUUAACAAUCCUGUCCGAGAUGUAAAAACACGCAAGGAAAUGACGGGGGGUUAUGAAUCAAAAGACAACAAUAUGCUCCUCAUUGCUAUUUUAGGCUCCGCUGGCAUGACCUGCCUAACUAUUUUACUGGCAUUUCUUAUAAUGCUUCAACUGAAACGUGCCAAUUUCCAGCACAGAAUGGCGCAAGCUUUCCAGAAUGGAGUGAGGGAAGAACCAGUUGUACAGUUUAAUGCUGGAACACUAAACCACUUAAGAAAAGCGAAAAACAGUCCAGAGCCAGUGGAGUAUCCAGUGUUGGAAUGGAAUGACAUAAAGUUCCAAGAUGUUAUUGGUGAAGGGAACUUCGGACAAGUCCUAAAGGCUCGUAUAAAAAAAGAUGGUCUGCGCAUGGAUGCUGCUAUUAAGAGGAUGAAAGAAUAUGCAUCAAAGGAUGAUCACAGAGAUUUUGCAGGAGAACUGGAAGUCCUUUGUAAACUAGGGAGUCACCCGAAUAUUAUUAAUCUUCUGGGUGCCUGUGAACAUCGAGGUUACCUGUAUUUGGCGAUAGAAUAUGCUCCCCAUGGCAACUUGUUGGACUUUCUACGGAAAAGCCGAGUCCUGGAAACAGACCCUGCAUUUGCCAUAGCCAACAGCACAGCAUCGACCUUGUCAUCACAGCAGCUUCUACAAUUUGCAGCAGAUGUCGCUCGAGGCAUGGAUUACCUGAGUCAAAAACAGUUUAUACAUCGGGAUUUGGCAGCCAGGAAUAUUUUGGUUGGGGAAAACUUUAUGGCAAAAAUUGCAGAUUUUGGUUUAUCAAGAGGACAAGAGGUUUAUGUAAAAAAGACAAUGGGAAGGCUUCCAGUUCGAUGGAUGGCAAUUGAGUCUCUAAACUACAGUGUGUAUACGUCAAACAGUGAUGUGUGGUCUUUUGGUGUUUUGCUAUGGGAAAUUGUCAGUUUGGGUGGAACUCCAUACUGUGGUAUGACCUGUGCAGAACUCUACGAGAAGCUACCACAAGGGUACAGACUAGAGAAACCACUAAACUGCGAUGAUGAAGUGUUUGACCUUAUGCGACAGUGCUGGCGUGAAAAGCCAUACGAGCGACCAUCAUUUGGGAAAAUACUGGUAUCUUUGACACGAAUGCUUGAGGAAAGAAAGACCUACGUGAAUACAACACUUUAUGAAAAGUUUGCCUAUGCUGGUAUUGACUGCUCAGCAGAAGAAGCUGCAUGAAGUCCCGUGCAUUAGCAUAGAAUGUCUUGGGUGUGCAAUAUCAUGUUUGUCUAAGAAUGUCUAUAAUCUGUAUAAUAUGUUUUAUCUGGAGUUACAAAUGUAAAUGUUUAUAGAACUUUUUGUACAUAAAAUUUCUUCUUUAAAUUGGGGUUACCAUAGUUUUCGGUAUUGAUUUAUCACAUUAGUUGUAUGAGCAGAAUUGUUAAUUUUCCAUUUUUUUUUUUUUUUUUUUGCUAAUCGGAAGUGUAAA